AUUGAGCUAUAUAAAACAAUUAAAUAUAAUCAUUUGUAGUUCGUCAACAACUUUAGUUUGCAAACAUGAAAUUGUUGUUCGUUUGUCUAAUGUGUCUGGCUAUAAUCGUUGAAGGGCAAUUGGGGGGUAGGAACAUAUGUCGACACGGUACGGCGGGCAGCUGUCUUGGCUACACCAAUCAGCAGUGUCCUCGUAACAGCGUGUGUCGCCGUGUAUCAGGAACGUACGGGGUUUGCUGCAGACUGCCUAACUCGAAUCCAGGAGGAGUGUGCUGCCGACACGGUCAGCGCGGUAGCUGUGGGGGGCUCUUUGGCCUGAGAUGUCCACGUGGUACCACUUGCCAAUGCUUCCCUAACCCGCCUUAUCCAGACGCGGCCGGAACGUGCUGCAUAUCACGACCGGGGAACGGUUACUAGAGAUUUUGACAGAAAGGAGCUUUGCAAAGAUUUCUUCAGCAUUUGUUUUGUUUAUUAUUUUAAAUAAAAUACCAAAAUACUCUC